AGUUGGCCGGGCGGGUUGACUCCAGAAAGGUCAAAAGUUUUCAUUCUAAAUUCAGCUUUCUAGGCGAAAGCAAGUCAGCUUUUCGAUUUAUUUUUCCCUCCGCGAAUUCCUGCGACUUUAAAGGACAUGCCGCGUCAACGCUCCGAAAGUUCCAGAUCCAAUGGAUCGAUGCGUCGCCAGAAUAACAGGAGCAGCCAUGUCUUUGCCCCGAAGCCUGCGACUCGCGGGAGCAGCAAGGAUUUGCCGGCGGUGCAGAAGGAAUCCUCUCCAGCUCCUGCUCCCUCAGCAGCUCAUGCGGCAGAGGCCAAGGGCUCCAGUACCAAGGAGCGAUUCAAGGACAUGGCCACCACGGCGGCUGGAGUGGCCGCAGGAUCAGCUGUGGGACACGCUGUGGGCGCAGGACUCACUGGGAUGUUCCAAGGAAAGGCCAAGGAGCAGCCUCAGCAGGAGGGAGCAGCAGCUGCACCUGCAGCUUCAUCUUCAUCCCACCACAAUCCCCAGCUGGUGGAGGAUGGUCCCUGUGCCUUCGAACUGAGGCAGUUCCUCAAGUGCACCGAGGAGAACGGCAGUGAUCUCUCGAUCUGCAAGGAGUUCAACGAGGCAAUGCAGCAGUGCCGAAGGCGCUACAAUGUUUGAGUUUCAAUACAGGAGAAAGCUAAGAGAUGCGAUUUCCGCAUUAAAUACUUCAAAAUAAAAUCUACGGUUUACAAA